AUGUUGUCGUCUACUGCAGAUAAAGACGACUCUUACAACCGCUUAUCAUCCCAGGCCAAUGGGAUGAUAGAAAGAACGAACAGGGUAGUGAAGGAUGCAAUUGCAUCCCUAGCAAACACAACACCUACUCGAUGGGAGCAACUUAUCCCUCAGGUGAGGCUGGCUCUUAACAGCGCCAUUCACCGUUGUACCGGAGACCAACCUCUGUAUUUGAUGACAGGCCAUCACGGUCAUUUUCCUGUUGGACUUACAAAUGAUCUCGUCUACAAUUCAGAGUCAUCUAAAGCCUUUUAUAAUGCUCUUAAUAUAGCUCGAAAGGUAGCUCUCGAGACUACAAGAACUGCCAGGGAACAAUGGACACGAGACUAUGAUAAGCGGUCAGCUAACCCAAAAGCAUUAGGUGAAGGAGAUCUUGUCUUGUAUAAGAAUCGAGUCCGUAAGACUGGUGUAGACAAGCUGCAAAAUCCGCGCUGGUCAGGGCCUGCACGCAUCAUAAAGAAGAUCGGUCCUGUCACCUUUUUUGCUGAAAGACCUUUACCACCCUUUUAA